GCCGCCUCCUCACGGGGACCCGGGUUCGCGGCGCCCCGCGGCCGAGCGGCGCGGGGGGGAGCGGCGGCGGCCGCAGGAUGCAGGCGGGGCGGGCGGCAGCGGGCUGCCGUUCCCGGGGCGGGCAGCUAGAGAGCAGUGCAGGGAGCGGAAUCCCGGCCGAGGAGCCCGAGCAGCGCGGCGGCGGCAGCAGCAGCGGCGGCGGCGGCGGCAGAGCAGCUCCCUUCCUGUCGGGGGCGGCUCUGGGCCGGAGGCCGUGAGAGGAGCCGAGCGGCGGCGGAGGCCCGGGCCGGCUCCCGACCGCUGCUCCCCUCCUCCUUCUCCCAUGGCGGAGACUAAGAUCAUCUACCACAUAGACGAGGAGGAGACGCCGUACCUGGUGAAGCUGCCGGUGCCGCCGGAGAAAGUCACUCUGGCCGAUUUCAAGAAUGUGCUCAGCAACCGGCCCGUGCACAGCUACAAGUUCUUCUUCAAGUCCAUGGACCAGGAUUUCGGGGUGGUAAAGGAGGAGAUCUCAGAUGACAACGCAAAGCUCCCUUGCUUCAAUGGAAGAGUGGUGUCCUGGCUGGUCCUGGCUGAAAGCUCCCACUCUGACACAGGCUCUCAGUGCACCGAGAGCCACACAGACCUUCCUCCUCCCAUUGAGAGAACCGGCGGCAUUGGAGACUCCCGGCCUCCCUCUUUCCACCCCAAUGCUGCCAGCAGCCGGGACGGCCUGGACAAUGAAACGGGAACAGAGUCAGUUAUCAGCCACCGACGAGAGAGGCAUCGGCGGAGAAACAGAGAAGGGCAUGAGGAUGUCCCUCGGAUCAAUGGCCAUCCGAAACUGGACCGGCACCGUGAGCACCCUCCUGGCUAUGACAGCUCUUCGACCAUGAUGAGCAGCGAGCUGGAAUCCAGCAGCUUCAUCGACUCUGAUGAUGAUGACAACACAAGCAGGUUGAGUAGCUCCACGGAGCAAAGUACUUCAUCCCGCCUCAUCCGGAAGCAUAAACGCAGGAGGAGGAAACAAAGGAUGCGGCAAAUUGACAGGUCGUCUUCGUUCAGCAGCAUCACUGAUUCCACUAUGUCCCUAAACAUCAUCACUGUCACACUCAACAUGGAAAAGUACAACUUCCUGGGAAUCAGCAUUGUAGGACAGAGCAAUGACCGGGGUGAUGGUGGCAUAUACAUUGGCUCUAUUAUGAAAGGAGGGGCCGUGGCAGCAGAUGGCCGAAUCGAGCCAGGAGACAUGCUUCUGCAGGUGAAUGAUGUCAAUUUUGAGAACAUGAGCAACGAUGAUGCAGUUCGGGUGUUACGGGAAAUAGUCUCCAAACCAGGACCUAUCAGCCUAACAGUAGCCAAAUGCUGGGACCCUACUCCCAGGAGUUAUUUCACCAUCCCCAGGGCUGAACCAGUGAGGCCAAUUGACCCUGCAGCGUGGAUCUCUCAUACCACAGCCAUGACGGGAGCGUACCCCCGUUACGGUAUGAGCCCCUCCAUGAGCAUCACCACAUCUACCAGCUCCUCACUAACAAGCUCAAUUCCCGAUUCGGAAAAAUUAGAAGAAUCUCCCUUAACUGUGAAGAGUGACAUGGCUACUAUUGUCAAGGUGAUGCAGCUACCAGACUCAGGCCUUGAAAUUCGGGACAGGAUGUGGUUGAAAAUUACCAUCUCCAAUGCAGUGAUAGGAGCAGAUGUGGUUGACUGGCUUUACACACACGUGGAAGGCUUCAAAGACCGACGAGAGGCACGCAAAUAUGCCAGCAGCAUGUUAAAACACGGCUACCUCAGGCACACUGUGAACAAAAUCACCUUCUCAGAACAGUGCUAUUAUGUCUUUGGAGACCUCUGUGGCAAUAUGGCUGCACUGAACCUUAACAAUGGUUCCAGCGGAGCCUCGGAUCAGGAUACCCUUGCUCCACUUCCACAUCCUGCUGCUCCCUGGCCAUUAGGCCAAGGAUACCCCUAUCAGUAUCCUCUGCCCCCUCCGUGUUUUCCGCCAGCGUACCAAGACCCAGGCUUUAGCUAUGGAAGCGGCAGUGCAGGGAGCCAGCAAAGUGAAGGAAGCAAAAGCAGCGGCUCGAACCGAAGCACCAGCGAGACCAGCAGGAGGGCUCUUGGCAGGGACAAGGACCGCAAGUCCAACGGCAGCGGCAGCGAGUCCGACCACACCGCCCGCAGCGGCGCCAGCGGCGUGCGGCGCGAGCGGCCCCUCAGCCAGCUCAGCCACCGGAGCCACGGCUCUGCCACCCACAGCGAGAGAAGCCACCACUCCUAUGGGCCUCCAGGAGUGCCACCCCUCUACAACCUCCCCAAGCUGGGCUCCAAAGUCUAUGGGACAAGCGGUCCCCCCGGAGGGCCCCCCGUAAGGGAACUGAGCUCCGUGCCUCCGGAGCUGACGGGGAGCCGGCAGUCCUUCCAGAAGGCUAUGGGCAACCCUUGUGAAUUCUUUGUUGACAUCAUGUGAGAGGAAGUGCCUUCAGACUCUGCUUGGGGAAGGGCUUGUUUGGGGUGGGGUGGGGGGGAUUGUUUUGGGGCUGGGUGGGCAAUCUGGUCAUUGUCGAACGCGUGAUGGAAGGACCUUGGCUGUCUUGCAUGUCGCCCCUUCCUGGGUUGCAGUUGUGUUGCAGAAACAUCAGCAAACCACACAAAAUCCCCACCAAAAGGAACAACAGCAACAACAGUAUCUCCUGGGAUUGCUAAAUACCAGCAAAUCGAUGGCAUCUGUUCUUCAUCCUGGGUUUGUUUCCCCCCCCUCCUCCUUGUUUUUGGUUGUGAAUGGCUGGUGUAUAUUCACAUCUUAAUGAGCUUUGGUAAUUGUGGCACCUACUUCAAUGCAAUUAGUGUAUCUUUUGGGCUGAUUCAAGGACUCUUCUUUCCCAUGACUUCUAAAUUUCCAGUAAUGCAUAGGAGCACUUUUAUUUUUCCCUGCUUUUUCCUCUUACAAGGCAAAAACUGACCGCUGGCUGGUAUCUGUGAUACUGCCUUGUCAUGCUCGCUCUUGGAUGCACAUCAGCACUCUACGCAGCCGUGGCACCCGCAAGACAACACGUGCUUGGAAAGGAGCAGGCUCAAACCGAUUCCUAGCCGAAGGCAAAGUUGUGGCUACCUUCUUCUGCUCACUAGGGAGUAUAAAUCGAUCUUCCUUUGGUUUUCUUUGGGGUUGUUUUAGAUACUCUUAUCAAGGGAGUGCUGGAGUCUUGCUACUGUAUGUGUUCAUUGUGCAGAACUUGUAAAGUUAUCUCAUUGAGUAUCCUGAUAGUGACUUUGUAGCUGCAGUCUGGGCAUUUCAGACACAUCCCUGCUGACAGAUGUGCCUGUUUCUUCUGGUCAUAUUAUGCACUUGCUUACAGGUUGUAGAAGUUGUUUCCACACCAACAGGACAAUUGCAGCUACACGAUUCUCAGUGUAGCUGCAGCUUUUCCCUUUUGAAGGCAGACAUUUAUCCCACUCUAGCAGAGAUGCAGGUAAAUCCUGGCUCCCACUGGGACAUGGCUAUUCAUUUUGAUCACCUCUUUUUCUCCUCUUCGUUUCUGAGCAGUAUCUAUCCUUCUCUUUUUGUUUGACGUAGGAACCUGGAGAUGUCUAAUCCCGAUGGCAGUGUUACCCAAGGGAUGGGGGCUAUAGAUGUUAGCAGUGAGGUGAGAGGGUGUUUUGAGAACAGUUCAUAAAUGGUACAAUGAAUGAACCUUUAUACCUGACACAGAGUGAGCCCCAUGCUAAAGCUCCUGCUGGGAAGCUCUGACUUAAGCAGCUGCUGUUGUAUAUCCCCAUUACUCUGUUUUUCACUCUAAGGCUAUGGAUGCUUGAUAAAGGAUGUUCAGGAGCUUUCACUGAUGUUUAAGAAGCCUUUCUCAAGUAUCUGGAUGAGGGCAUGGUGAGAGCACACCCACACUGUUCCAGUGGCUCAUCUAAUGGGAACUGUGUGUUAAGCUGCACUUAGUGGCAUUUGACCAUGGGGCCGUGCCUCAGUUAAAUCCUCUUUUGUGAGAUACCUGCUUCUGGCAGGUUUUAGGGCAGGUGCUUUUAAUUCAGUCUUUACUGUAUAUGAGCCUUUUCUUCGCUGGUAAGAAGCUUCUUUUUGUUCUGUUCCAUGCUUUAUGGGUAGUGUGACUAUCCGAUGUGCAUGUCAGAAGAGAACGUGUCUCUCUCACUAUGUACAUGGAGCUUUCAUACAUGGAGGUUUUCACCCUUCACUCUUCCACCUGUCCAUUUUGUAUGUUACGUUUUUCACUGCUUCUUUCCUUACUACAGGUCUGUGUGUAAACCCAUCCCUUUUACAGGAGUCAGAGUAACAGUUUCACAUGUCUCUGGAGACUGAUGUCUGACUUCCAGAGGGAUCUAGGCGUUUGGGAAGCUGUUGGCACUCAGGCCGGGUACUGCGGUUACUUCUAAACGAGCUGAGUGGUUUGGGGGCAGUUUGCUUUACAAAAGCUACAUCAUGUUCCUGAAACUGGUGCUAACGCAGACUGCAGAGGUGGUGGUGGCUUCUUCAAAAGAAUGACGCUACCUAAAGCUUGACUGGGCAACAGGAUCCUUCUUUUCCCUUCCUCCUCCCAGUAACACAGCAAAGAUGCUGACUGCACUCAGUAAGUUGUUCGGACAGAUUGACACUUAAAGCAAUGGAAUAAAUCAGGGUGAAAGAGUCCUGUAAUGUGCUGUGUCUCCAGGAGGCACUGUUAAGGAGUCUGUGACUUUACUGACAAUCACUUGUGGUUCUACUCUUAAAUGAAUUUCAACUUCUCUCAUCUCUUCUAUAUUAGGAUGUUUCUGGCCCACUUUGUCUUCAGGCAGAACUUCCAGGGCUGGAGGAAAAGUGUCAUUCUUUAGUAAGCUAUUUCCAGAAGGGAUUAAAGCUGGGGGCUGAGCUUUCACCCAUGGAAGAAACCUAUUUAAUUUUCUUAUGUCUUUGCAAGAGUUUACACACCUCCUGGGGUUUUAUUUGUCUUCUUCUUGUUAUGCUGUUGGCAGAAUCUCUUCUGUGUCUUGCUGGUCUAUGCUGCUACGUUGAAACGACUGUGUUAUAUACCUGUGUGUUUGUGGGUAACUCUGGGAUGAGGCUGACAGUCCCUAACAUAGGUGUGGGAAAGCUGAGGACAUCAGGCUGCUAAAUCCAGCCUGGAAUAGCUUCACCCACAAGCAGGAAUCCAUUUCAGGCAAAUGCUGGGUGCUCUGAAUGUACUGACAGAUGUGCUGGUUGGGUAAUACUGUAUAGUGUGUAGAACCCGCCAUUUACAGAGAGCAGUAGGAGUAUGUAAAUGACCCUCCUGUGAACAGUGCAAUACAGAAUGGCCACUGUGUGUAAAACAGAAGCUUGAUUUCCCUGCCCUGUAGUGUAUAGUGGAGAGGCUGGUUUGAGUGAAUGGAAGGUUAGGCCUGAACCAUUGCUAGCUCUUAAUGUUCAGAAGUGAACGGAGACAGGAGAUAUCCCAAAUCCCACCCUUGGCUUUCGAUGCAUGUGCACGUGUCUUUGCAACAAGGGGGCUUAACUGUGCAAGUUUCUCCUAUUGGGUACAGUACUACCUAUAGAAGAAAGUGCCACUGAUGCCCAUGAAGCUACUCACAACAGGAAGCACUGAGCCAGGUGGAAGGGAGUUAGAGGGCUGGCAUCCUGCAGAACCGUUUCUCUCACCAGGACCUAAAACUUUACUCUUUUAAUGUCAAGUAACUGGCGCUGGCUGGGCACUAGAAUUUGACCUGUGCCUUCUAACCACAGUGAGGAGUUGUGGGUUUGCUGUACAGGGCACUGAAAGAGCAUCAAAACAGGAGCCUUAAAUAGUUGCCAUUCUUGUUCUGGAAGCGAGACCCUUGACACCUGCCUGUGCUCUGCAUGUGUUGAUGCCAAUAACUUCACAAGGACUAACAGGUAUGUUUGGAAGAUCAUAGAAGAGGGUGAGAAAACACUUUGGGGUGAUGUCUCCUGUCCAGAGGAGGUAGUGCUAUAGGGGUAGUGGUACCCACCCAGUGUAUUAACUCUGAGGAGUAAGGUGUUUUGGCAAAUAGUCUUAAAAGCACUGCAAUUGUCUUUUACCUCCUGUUAAUAAAUCUACUUCUCCAAGGUAAGAAUCCCCUGGACACUUUAUCCAAAGGUCUAUUGGAUGGCAAGCAAUGAUGCACAGACAUUGACUUUUGCUGUUAUUUUUGUUCUGUUGAAAUGGGCAGUCCCAUCUGGAGACUUGACAGCUCAUGAGUUGAUGUAAUUGUUUUUGGUUUGCAUUUAACUGGAUUGUAAUGAGAUUGACUUAAAAUUAUUAAUUCUAAUCAGUGAUUAGAAAUCCAUGUAAAGAAUUUUCUGUACAGUAGAGGAACAAAGUUACCUGAUUUUAAAUACUGAAACCCCAGACUAUUGCCUAUUCUAGAAUUGGUUCUACUCAAAGAGUGACCUCUUAUUAGCAUGGACUGCACUGUUCCUGUUAAAUGUCUAUUGCAUAAUUGAAUUCUUUUUUGUAGAUAUUGUAUUAAAACCCAAGUGUCUGUAUAGUUAAUAUAUAGCUGCUUAUGUGUAAAUGCUAUUUUAAACACUAAAAAGCUUUUAAUUUUAUGUGAUAA